CUUUUGACUUCUUACCACCACCACCGCCUCUGACUCUGGAAUUUUGAUGACCGCUAUUUUUCCUGCUAGCCUGUUGGCAUAUAACGUAUAUUCCGAGUCAACAGAUGAAAUAUCUUGGCUUGGAAACUAGGGCACUGAUGGCAAUGACUUCAAGUGAUUAAUAAGGAACAAACUCUAAUAGGGUCGUCGCUGGGCUCCGUCUUACAUGUUCGAUAGGAAUCGCUGAGAACGUCGAAAAGACGGUAACCUUCGCAAUGCAGAGAUACCAGUACCGUACUGGUGGGCUGGCUAUGGGCUCUAGCCCUCAAGAUUAUACCAGGCGCUUCCCCAUGGAUCCCUAUGGGCAAGAGAUGUCGGACAACGCCCGAGUAUGGCAGACGUAUGUUGAAGAGGCAGUAUCAUUCGACGGUGAAAAGCUUGAUGAGUACCGAGACACGAUUGACGUCCUGCUGGUGUUCGCUGGUCUCUUUUCUGCGGUAUUGACAACCUUCGUGGCCCAAACUUCACAAAAUCUGCAGCCAAACUACGGCGAGGCGUCCGCAAUUCUUCUCCUUCAGCUUCUCAUAACGACAACAAAUGGCUCCCAGCCUUUGAUUCCAUCAUCUGCCACGGAUUACUUUUCUCCGAACCGCUCAGACGUGUGGAUCAACAGCCUGUGUCUUAUCACGGCUCUGGUCGCUGUGUUGGUGAAACAAUGGAUGCACCAAUAUGUCGCCACAGUCUCCCAUAGCUCUGCACGCAAUCGGGCCAGAAUACGGCAGUCCCGAUACAUAGGGCUGGAGAUGUGGCAAGUUCCCAUGAUCGUUGGACUCCUCCCGGUCCUCCUCCAUGCCUCACUAGCACUGUUCCUUAUUGGCCUUAUUAUAUUCCUAUUUUCUCUCGACAUGAAAGUAGCAUGGCUUGUGGCGCUCAUGAGUGUUGCAACUCUAUUCGCCUAUAUCUUCACGAUUGUACUGCCUCUCAUUCAUCCCCACUGCCCGUACAAGACGCCAUUGACGUUCUACCUUUACCGACCAUAUCGGUUCGCGCGCAGGGUCACAUUUUUCAUCGCUCAGUUCAUGCACAGAAUCGGUCGCGAAGGGAGCAGUCACCCUUCCUGUGUUGUCGAAGCGGAGCAUGAUCAUGCCUUGAAGAAUACAGACAAGAUAGAUGCCGAAGCGCUGAUGUGGCUGUACACCUCCACAUCAAAUGUUUCUGUCCACCAGAUUGUCCUGCAAUCGCUAGCUGGUGUUACCCUCGGUAGCAUGACCUCUUUACCAGAUCAUGCCCUUGAAACCUUCGGAGCGGGUUUGAAUACUCACGUGCAACUCGUCAUUCCCCACAUAUCGUCUGGCGCUGCUGCUGAAGCCUUAGCUGAGCUUUAUGUUAGAGCGGCUAUGCAGAUAUGCGCUCUCUCCGAGAUUCCAUGGAGCAUGUCCAAACUCAUAGAUCGGUGCUCCAGCGAGCAAUUGAAGUCUGUGCUUCAUUGCAACUGGUCUGUGGGUGCUUCCAGUGUGUCGAUCCACCUCCUUGGUAUACUCCGUAGUCCGCUUCGUAGCUCGCUUUACCUACACACUUCGGUCUGGCGAUAUCUUUUGGAAAAGGCGUAUAUUGACGAUGCUCUGGAACUCCAAUUUAUCCGAAUUCUUGCCGCCCCAGCGAGCGACCCAGAGGAGGUGGUUACUAUUACCACGAUCGUCAAGCCCACGAACGAAAUGCGGGAGAUUAUCCUUUCCUUACUUUCAGCGAGAUGGGUGUUCCUUCGUACUAUGGAGAUAUCCCCUGUUGUGAGGGGACUAUUCCAAUCAGAUUCCGUGAAGCCUGGUGACCCUGCAUAUAAGGAACGGGAGCAGCUGAUCGAUACAACCCUCGUCGUCUUUACGCGAGUGAAUCGGAUCCUCUGGGACGCGGAUGAUUCCACGGUUGGCAUAACCCUCGAAUACCUCUUCUCUGUUAUCUCCUCUGGUGAGUUUUCGUUGGAUGGGCAUGACGACAAGUCCAUACAAAAGAUCUUCGCGACGUUGGGUUCACAUUCUUGGUGGAUCCGACAGAACCUACCUCGGAUUGCAAACGAACAGCUCUGCUCCCAUAUCUGCCGGUGGGAUAUCUUCCUCCUCAUGUGGUCCCUUUUCUCGAGCGGGUCCCUAUGGAUCUAUGGGGCCUUCCAUGAAUAUGGAGGUAUGCCCGCCCUCUACGAUAAAUUCCGUGCGCAGGCUCUGCCCCAAACGAGGUCGCGUAGAAAUAGACCCAUACAGGCCAGCAAGCUGGCAGACUUGUACGCCAUUGCUUUGCUGGAGCACCAUCAGAACGAGGAGGGAGCUCUCCAUAUCGAUGCUCUCUUCGCCCUUGUCCGACUUCUCGCAUACGGUCACCACAAAAGCAUGCUUCGGAAUUUGGCGAAACUCUAUGGAACACUGGAUAUAUGGCGUGAAUGCCUUUCAAGGUUGGAGCUGUGGAUGAAAGGAGAAGAGUUCCAGCGCGAAUGGGCGUUUUUGGACCGUCUUGUUGCGAUUCAUGUCUUGGAGGGUUACGAGAUUGAGUUGCCGAAGUACGAUUACGUGGUUUGCGGGAAGGAGUGGCCGGAGGAGUUGGCUUGGCUAGAUGGGCGCCUCUGGGAGUUCAGUCCUUCGAGAGCCCCUCUUGGGGCCUUACGCUGUGGAAUAUUCUCGGGUUCUGGCGCAUCACACGUUUCGGGACUUCGUGAUGAGCCUACCUGCACGAGCCCGUCUGUUAAGGUGUUAGAGGAUGAGUAUAUCGUCUCUGCAGUCACCUGGUUUUGCUGGCUAUCGGGCAGGCGCUUUGCACAGGCUUUCGGUAGCAGCGAUGUAGAUGCGCAAGUCAACAAACGUUGUUUCAUGCCACAACGAUAUUGGAUUUGCUCCGAGCUCGCUAUGUAACUACUUGCUUCUCAGCCUCCGUUUGUGACUUGGUUUUCAAACUGAGCGAAUGCAAUCCUUCUGCGAGCUCCGUUGACAGUGCAGAGUAAAUCAUGCGGUGACGUUGCAUCGUGCUCUUGCCUUCGAAAACAUUCGAGGUGACGUCUAUCGUGAAAU